AGCAUGGCCUUUCCCGACAUUCCCUGAGGUCUUUUCUGACACUUUUGCAUCGCCCAGCGAUUUUGUGGCCACUUGUAUGGACCGAGCUUCUUUCGGCGUGCCCUGGCGGCCGUCAUCCGAUGAGGCAGGCAGCCUCUUUGACUACUCAUCGGCCGCUCCCCCCUCCCUCUGUGUCCGAGCAUCCCUCACGGCCUUGGUCGCCCUGGCGUGGCAGCUCCUCUAUGUGGCGGGCAAGAGCAAGUGGGGCAAGGACACCAGCUGCAGGGUCAUCGCACUGCUGCACGCCGCCUACGCCUGCACAGGGGCCCUCUACGUCUGCCUGACCGUCCCCGUAAUCUCAUUCCCCUCUCUGUGUGCCCCCGUGCCUCGGGCAUUCUGGGUGUUGCUGGUGUCGUGGGGCUACUUCUGGUGGGACCUGGGAGUGUCGGUGGUGGAGGAGUGGGGUCGGGACUAUGUGCUGCACGCCCUGUUUUGCAUCUACAUCUACGGCAUUGGGUGCCUCACGGACUUCGGGCAGAAACACGCCGUCGCCUGCAUGCUCUACGAGAUCAGCACGGUGCUCCUGCACACGCAGUCGUUCCUCUCUCUACCGUCGCUGACCGAGAGGGUGAGCCCCUCUCUCCUGCUGGGCGUGAGGGUCCUGUUCGCCUUGUCGUUUCUCGCCAGUCGGCUGAUGUUCGGUGGGUGGGUGACCUACGACAUGUGGACGACCUACUUCGGCCCGACGGGCGAGUGUCUGCCGCUGGCCGGCCGGGUGUCGAUAUUGGCCAUCAAUGCGCUGUUCCACUGCCUCAAUCUCUACUGGUUCGGCAGACUCAUCGCCAUCGGCCUCGGCAAAGGCGAGGGCAAAGACAGGAGGGACAAAGGAGCACAGCGGGCUGCAAUGGCCAAGUCGCCCUCAGAAGGGGCGGUAAGCGACGCGAGUGGGAGUGAGACGCAGUCUGGGGCUGAGUCGCAGAGCGAGAGUGACACCUGCGGCAGUGCGGAAGCUGGGACUCCGGGCACCCCGUCUGAGUCCGUCGGGUCGGCUGCUGCUGCUGCUGGUGAUGGUGGUGGAGAUGACGUCAUGACGGCGGGCAGUGUGAGGAGGCGAGCACGGAAGAGGGAGUGACCGACUGACUGGUUUUGACGGACGGACGGGGGUCCUGGGGGAUGGAUGGGCGGCUUGCCCAUACUAAGAGAAAGACGACCAUUGGGCAUUUUUCUUUUUGCGUGAGUCAUGCAUGUGUAUGUAGCUUGCUUGCAGCGUUUAAAAAACGGCUGACUGACUGACUGACUGAAUGAGUGUGAGUGUGACUGAGUGUGGCUGCCUGCCUGCCUGGCUGCUUUGUUUGUUUAUCAUAUCGACAGAAAGAAGAACAGAAGAAAGAGCCUCCCUGCCUCGGUUUUGUUGGUUUGGUUUAUAGGCACGUACGUCUGUCUGUCUGUCUGAAUGAAUGAAUGAAUGCCGUAGAUAAGAUAAGGCCUUAUUGAGUUGGGUGGUUGGGUGGUUGGUUGGUUGGUUCAUUUCCUUAUCGAUUUUGAGCUGUAUUUGUGUUUGUUGGGUUCUGGCGCGACGCAGCCAGCCGGCCGAUACGAUCGAUGGAUGGCAUGUAUAGGGAGGAGGAGGAACGAACAAGCCCUGCCUGGAUUGUGCUGUGCGCCUGGAUGCUAUGCUAUGCUGUGUGAGGUGAGUGUGUUUCUUGUCUGCAUGAGAUGGAUGAGAGCUGGGGGCACAGCCGGAUGAACGACUGCCUUCAUACCGAGCUGAGGCCUCGCUGUGCGCUGCGCAUGUGUGUGUGUGUGUGUGUGUGUGUGCGCGUCGCGUAUGCUCUGCCCUCAUGUGGUGUGUCUGUGUGGGGGUCAGUGCGCUCGCGCAUUUGCCCCCUUGGCGGUGUGUGUGUGUGUGUCGAUCGUUUGAUGGGUCUGCGUGCAUUUGCCUCUUGUGUGGUGUGGUGUGUGGGACACAUCAGAACCACUCAGGCAGACAAGGACUUAGUGACAUUUAAG